CAUACGCUUUAAGUAGGCACAAGGAAGAGAAAGUCCAGCAAACCAUGGAGUUGUCCUUUCAUCUGAUUCUUCUCUCUCUCCUGCUUAGCAGCUAUGGAGAGAGCAGCUGCAAAUGCACGCCUCGGAGCUCCUGCUGGCCAAGCUCCACAAUCUGGUCAGCUUUCAAUCGCUCCAUCGAUGGCCGCCUCCUCGCACCAAAGCCAUACGCCUGGCCGUGCCACACUCCGCAAUACGAUCCGGUCGCUUGCAGCGCUGCUAGGCAGCUCCAAAACAAUCCCUUCGCGAGGAGCGAGGUUGUCGGAGCUAUGCAGUAUCCGAACUGGGAGUCCGGCAUCACCGGUUUCGGCUGCCCGCUGAAUGGAAGCGGCGCUCUUUCCAGUCCCUGCUACCAAGACGAUGUCUCCAUCUACGCCAUCAAUGUUUCCAGUGUGUCUCACAUCCAGGCCGGAGUCGUCUUCGCCAAAAAGUAUAACUUGCGGCUGGCGAUCAAAUCGAGCGGGCACGACUGGCUUGGCCGGAGCACUGCGCCUGGCUCGCUGUGCAUCUGGCUCCACCAUCUCACGAACAUCUUCACGAACGACUCUUUCGUUCCGCAAAGUUGUCCAGUAAGUGAUCCGGUCCCUGCUGUGACUGCCCAGCCUGGUGUUACUUGGGACUUCCUCUACGACUUUCUGCGCCAGAGGAACCGGGUUGCCGUCGGGCCGAUGGGAUCCUCCCCGAGUGCCGCGGGAGGCUUCGUCCAAGGCGGUGGCCACGGGCCUUUGUCGCGGACGUUCGGCUACGCUGCUGACAAUGCUCUCGAGUUCACGGUGGUGACGGCUGAUGGACGAGUCCGAGUAGCCAACCGGUGCCGAAACCCGGACCUGUUCUGGGCUCUCAAAGGCGGCGGCGGAGGAACUUUCGGCGUCGUUGUUUCCGCGACGUACCGGACUUUCCCUGAUCUCCAGCUCGGCUACGUCCAGACUCUGUUCAUCGCUGCGUCUGCCACUCGCUCCAGCCACGAAGAUCUGAUCGCCAAGUUUGUGGAGGUCACGCCUUCCAUGGACGAAGCUCGGCUUGCCGGCUACUUCUUCCUCUACACGAACUAUAUCACCCUCUCUUUCGUGCUGCCGAAUGGAACAGCCGCGGAGGCACGGGCGGCGUUUGCUCCCCUGGUUUCCUACGUCGAGGGGCAUCCCCAGCUCUUCGUCAUCACCUACACCGUCACCUCGUAUCCAAACUUCGUCCAGUGGCACGACGGAGUCCUCUGCGCGACCAAUCCCGGAGUGUGCACCGAUCUAACAGGCGCGCCUCGGGCUCUGGCAACGCGGUUCAUGCCCAGGGCGAUCAUCCAGGACUCACCGGCGGUGCUGACAAACGCCCUCGUGAGAAUUCUCUUCGAGCGGAACUUCAGUCCCAUCUUCGGCUUGUUCGUGUUUGGAGGCGCGGCAGCGAGCGUCCGGGGCAGGAACAAUUCCCUGAGCGCUGUCUGGAGGGAGGCUCUGUGGCAUGUCAGCCUCUCCCGGACCUGGAACGACAGCACGACGGUGAAAGAGCGGCAGCAAAUCUUCCAGUAUCUUACCACGACCGACGACAUUCUUCGCAACAUCACGCCCGGCGGAGGGUGCUACAAGAACGAGGCGGACUACUUCGAGCCAUACUGGCAGGACGCGUUCUUCGGGGAGAAGUACUCGGCGCUCAAGGCGAUCAAGGAGAGCGUGGAUCCAACCGGCUUGUUCCUGUGCUGGAAGUGCGUUGGAAGCGAAAAUCUGGUCCAAGGCAACUGCAAAGCCGCAGGAAAUCGAAAAUCGGAACAUACCUCACUCACAUAGACCCCACAUAGACAUUGUAAAUAAAGGUAAUACAUUUGUUUUCCGAGCACGAAAAACAAUGACAGCUUGUUUCUCCGAAUUUGGCAAUGAU